UCUUGAGACAAUUAAUUCUGGGAUAUAGUCGACAGGCAAAACCCCUGUACAGAAAGACUUCCUGAAAUCAUUAAAAUGGGAAGAGAAGGAAAAGAAACUAAAGGAAACCUUAUUGCAAAUGGCCUUAGACUCAGCACAACUACUCAGAUGAGAUGAAGAUACAGAUCUAGUAAUUUAUGUAAAUAACACAGACACCGAGAUCGAAGCAAUACUCUAUAAUGAAGGAGGAAAAACACCACUCGCUUUUACUCUUACACAAAAGAAGGGAAACAGUUGAAACAUGAGCCGAACAUUGCUAUAGACAUUUUAAUGACUAUUAAAUUAACAGCCCAGUCCCAUCGAUGCAUGGACUCCACUAGAACCCUGAAGGUGUGCUGUGGCAUCUGGUACCAAAUCCUUUAAGUCCUGUAAGUUGCGAGGUGGGGAUUGGACUUGUUUGUUCAUCACAUCCCACAGAUGCUUGUUUGGCUUAAGCUCUGUGAAAUUCAUCACGUCAAACUCGUUGUUGUGCUCCUCAAACCAUUCCUGAACCAUUUUUGCUAUUUAGAAGGGUGCAUUUUCCUGCUGAAAGAGGUCACAGCCAUCAGGGAAUACCUGAUUGAUCAGGGAAUACUGUUUUUUACGAAAGGAUGUACAUGGUCUGCAACAAUGCUGAGGUAAGUGGCAUAUGUCAAAGUAACCUCCACAUAGAUGGAGGUCAUUUCCCAAAGCAUCACAAUGCCUUUGCCGGCUUGCCUUCUUCAAAUAGUGCAUCCUGGUGCAAUGUGAUCCCCAGUUGAACAAAGCACAAGUACCCGGCCACCCAAGUGAUGUAAAAGAAAAUAUCAUUCAUCGGACCAGGCCAGGUCACUUUCUUCAAUUGCUCCAUUGUCCAGUUGUGAUGCUCAUGUGUGCAUUGUUGGUUCUUUCGGCAGUGGACAGGGGUCAUAAUGGGCACCCGGACUGGUCUGUGCUAUACAGCCCCAUAUCCAACAAACUUCGAUCACAACUUGGCCCUUGUCAAACUCGUGCAAACACAUCAACUUUGAGGACAAAAUGUUCACUUGCUGCUUAAUAAAUCCCACCGACUAACAGGUGCCUUGAUGAAGAGAUAAUCAGUUAUAUUCACUUCACGCCUGUGCAUUUGCAACAACCACAAAGCAUAAUCCAUAAAACAAGAGAUUACAAUAUUUUGAAUUUUCAAAGAGCAAGUUACUGAUUGAAAAAGUAUUCAAUAUUAAGAUGUUUACAUUAAUAUAAAUCUUGAAGACCUCCUGCCAGAGCUACUGUUAUAAAAAUGUCUUCAACAUAUUCUGACAAUCUGAAUAGACUACAGGGGUACAAUUUGUAUUAAUCACAUGUUCACAAGUUGCUUUUGUUUGGAAAUGUUGUCUCAGUAACAAUAUUAUCACUACCAUCUUAACUACCAUGAGGUACUUGUGCCCCCGUCAAAUCUUCCAUAAACUUUCGCAAAGCUGGGCACAUAGAGACGUAAAAACACAAGCUCAGCACUUAUGUAUACAAGAACGUUAGCUGUAGUAUCGGCAGGCUCCACAGAGCUCGAUCAGGAAAACAGAAGUGUGAAAAACAGAGACCUCAAACACAACUGUAUCAUAUGUGGUUUGGCUUAGAGCAACAAAGAGCUGUUUUUUUGUAUUUUUAUAACUAUUAAUGCUGAAGAGCAAUGACGGGGAACAGCACGACAUUCAGCGCAACAACAGAGUAUGAUUACAUUGAUUUUACUCCGCAUGUACCAUGUGAAUUCGGAUCCCAUGCAAGUCAUUUACUCCCGGUUCUCUACUCGCUGUUCUUCAUGGUCGGCUUCCUGGGCAACAUGCUGGUGUUGUGGGUGAUCCUGAGAGGAGCUCAGAUGAAAAGCAUGACUGAUGUGUCUCUCCUGAACCUGGCCAUCGCUGACCUUCUUCUCAUCUUCACUCUCCCCUUCCUGGCUCACUACGCCAGAGAUACCUGGGUCUUUGGUAAUUUCAUGUGCGUGAUGGUCCUCGGCGUGUACUACAUCGGAUUUUACGCAGGAAUUUUCUUUAUCGUGUUGAUGAGCAUCGACAGAUACUUGGCGAUCGUCCAUUCUGUGUGUGCCUUGAAAAUCCGCACAAAGGCUUAUGGGAUUUUAGCUAGUGUGGUCAUCUGGAUUCUAGCCAUUAUAGCAUCAUUUCCCGAGCUAGUGUACAUUGGAGCCGAAACUUACGGGAAAGAAGUAGUGUGCAACGCUUAUCCGAAAAAUGGAAGUCACAAUGAGAUGAGAGUUGCAGCUUUCUUUAAAAUGAACAUUUUAGGUCUAUUAAUUCCACUGGUUAUUGUGGGAUUUUGCUACUCAAUGGUGCUCUGGAGGCUUCGAACCCUUCGCACUUCUAAGAAACUGGCCGUACGUCUUGUUUUUACGGUCAUGGUGGCUUUCUUCUGCUGCUGGAUGCCAUACAACAUCGCAACGUUGCUUAAAGCACUCGAACUGAAGAAAAUCUUUCCUCCAGGGUGUGAACUCAGCAAAAGGAUCCAGCUGACACUGCAAGUCACCGAAGCUAUAGCGUACUCACACAGCUGCCUCAAUCCUUUCCUCUAUGUCUUUGUGGGGGAAAAGUUCAGGAGGCAACUCGCCAGACUCCUUCGCAAGACACCAUGCUUCCAUGUGCAGUGUAUGAAGAGCUACAUGACCCGCGCCGCAUCCUCCGUGUAUUCACAGAGCACAAGUGUAGACGAACGUACCACUGCCUUGUGAAUGGUAGCAGAUUCAUGAGGAACAGAAAAUCUGAUGUUACCACUCAUAUAAAUGCAUAGAAAUGAAUGUACAGUACUUGUGAAAAUAAGAUCAGUUAUAUUUGUAGGUCACAAAUAUCCCCCUGUUUUUAGGUACGGUGCUGACUAUGUACUAUGUCCAAUAUUAUGCUCUGUGUACUAAAAAGACAUUUCCUUUUAUUCUCGGUGUAUUUUGUACUAACACUAACCAGUUUCCCUGUUACAGUUAGUGUUU